AUGCCCAUGGGGAAGACUUCCGUCGGCUAUGCUCCGGUGGAGACUGCUGGCAAGAUGGUUAUAGGUGCCUUCGAUGACGACGACGAUGACUUGGAGGAUGGGAAGGUGGUCACAGCACCCCCUCCGAAGCUCGACCAGGCGGACUUGCCUUUGAGGCAAGUGGCCUUUGCCGUCAUUCUAUACGCAGCUUGUUCAUCCACGCUGCUGCUGAUCAACAAGGUGGCGAUGAGCUUCGUGCCUGAUGCCUCGUUCAUUCUCUUCUGCCAGUUUCUGUCAUCAUCAGUGACGGUGAGGCUGAUCAGAUGUGCUGCUCCUGAUGCGGACAUUGAGCUGAUCCGCUGGGAGAAAGCACGUCCUUUCUUUCUCGCCUGCCUCGUCUUCUUCCUGUGCCUCCUGGCCAACACGCAAGCGCUGAAGUCCGUGAAUGUGGAGACUGUCAUCGUGGCGAGAUCCUGCUCGCCGAUUGCAGUCUCCCUGCUGGAGCAUUUCACCUUGGGUAGGGCCCUGCCGAAUGCGGCAGGGGUGCUGUCUUUGGCGGCAAUCGCUGGCGGAGCGGUGAUCUAUGUCCUUUCAGAUCAGGGCUUCCAAAUCGACGGGUAUUCAUGGCUGCUGGUGUAUUUUGUGUUUAUCGUUGUGGAAAUGGUUUUCGUGAAAUUCGUCGUAGACACGGUCCCGAUGUCGACGUGGACACGAGUCUACUACAACAACACUUUGUCGCUUCCCAUGGUGAUGGUUUCCUCGCUGGUGACGGGCUUUGGCGCCUUCCUGAAGGUGGAAUGGGGAGUGGCCCACGUCGUGAUGGUGGCUCUUUCCUGUGUGGUAGGCGUCGCGAUUUCCUACGCGGGGUUCAACCUGCGGAAGGCCGUCUCUGCAACUUCGUUCACCGUUAUCGGUGUCCUAUGCAAGCUCCUCACCGUCCUUCUGAAUGACACAGUCUGGAGCAAUCAUUCCAACUUCAUGGGCCACCUUGGGCUGCUGCUUUGCAUCGCCGCAGGCUUUGCGUACGAACGGACAAAGAUGUUCGAGAAGUUCAGUUUCCCAGCGAGCAAUGACACCCUGACCCCCUUUGACGCCAGGUGUGUAGUGCGCCACCUUCUCCUGUCUUCUGUCCGAUACUUUGGGCAGACGGGUGCAAAGGUGAAAACGAACGAGACACUGAGGCCUUGCAUGUGCAGAGUGGUGGGCUCGACAUGUCUCCUCGUACUGGCUGCGACUGCGACUGCCCUUGAUGCAAAGCAUGAGCCGGAGCACCAGCAGAAGGAUGUAACGCGGCAUCAAAGUUUCGUUGUGGAUGGCUCUGCUGAAAUACGCCCCGCUCAUCCAGCACCCUCCCCGCAGCUAUCGCACUUGCUGCCUGUGGAGGAGCUGGCAUCCUCCGAUGCGGAGCUUGCACGGGUACAACUACUGCGGUCUGAACCGUCAGCGCCUGCUAGCCUAUCCCAAGGUGCCGGUGGGAAGGCCGCUGCUGGCCUCAAGCCCACUCCGAGGCUGGCCACCUGCGCCGGGGCCAAGCUGGCUUGCACGGCGGCGGCCGAUGUGGAUCCAUGCAAAGGGACGGACUGCCUGGGGCAUCAUGCAUGUAUGGGCUCUGGCUACAGGAACUGUGCCAUCAGAAAGUCCGGACCCUCAGGCCCUGUUUGUGCCACCGAAGACGAGGGCUGCGUUCCAGCAUGUGAAGGGGCUCGUGCAGGCAGCGCGGCUGACUGCAGGAACCUGCCGCGGGGGACCCAGUGUCGCGGAACCUACGUCGUCAUCGACAACGUGGCCACCCAGUGUUUUGCAACGCUCGGGGAGGACGACGUGGAGGUCGAGUGUGAAAACGGUUCGCCUUGUGGCGACGCAGAGCGCGAGAACCCGUAUCAGGGAGCGAG